AGAACGAAUCGAAAUUUCGCAUGGAUUUUUGCUAAAAUAAAACGAAAAUGGAUGGAAGUUCAUUGGAGUAUUUUUGCCGCGUCUGUGCAACGGAAACAAAUCAUUAUCAUUUAUUUGAAACAAAUCAUAAUGGAAUCCAGUUGGCCGAGACGCUAAUGCACUGCUUGAAACGGCCAGUGAACAAAAUAGACGGCCUCCCGAAAUAUAUUUGCCCGAAUUGUAAGACGAAUUUAAUAUUCACCUAUGAAUUUCAUAACCUUUGUGAGGCGAGCGAGCAAUAUUUUAUGAAAAGAUUACAACCGCUAAACCACCAAAAUACCGACGAAUUUAAGACAUUUCCAAAUGUUGAACCACCAUCAAUACACGCUAUAAAUGAAAAUGCAAUCGAUGCACACAUAAAAAUUGAAAACGACUAUGAAUUGGGAACGACAGCGGUAGCGGCGAUGUCGGGGAUUCUUCAACCGCCGAAUAUUGUUGACGAUGGCAACGACAGUUUGGAGUUUGAUAUUCAGCCAACCAUGCUCGUCGCUUAUUUGUUUGGAGGAAAAUUUUGAUUAAACAAUAUCAAAAUGGAGAAGAGUGAUGAAAUCGGGAGUAAAUCAUCGCAAAUGCCAAUUGGUCGGUUAAGACAAAGACGCAAUACGACGAAAGCGAAAGCCACACAAGCUGUGACGCUACGACGAAGUCGACACAAAGCCAAUGAAGAAGAUAAAGUGUUUGAAUGUUUCGAAUGCAGAAAAACAUUCCAGCUGUUGAAUGACCUGCGACAACAUAUGAACGAGCAUAACAACAUACGGAAGCCAUUCGAAUGUACCACGUGUAAUAUGCGUUUCAUUCACAUAAACAGUUGGUUUCGGCAUCGGUCGAGACACACCAAAAACAUUCAUGAAUGUGAAUAUUGCUCAGAGUCAUUUAACACACUCACCGCUGUAAAGCAACACAUUCAGGAUAUGCACAAGGAUCAUCUAAAAGCCUACAAAUGCGAUCAAUGCGCCGAGGAAUUUGCUUUGCAUUUCCUACUAGUGUUACACCAUGAAUGGCAUAAAAAAGCCAAACCGAUCAUCUGCAGCACUUGUAACAUGGUUUUCUUCAAUGAACGCAAAUUAAAAGCACACAUUCGAGACAAUCAUGCGAACCAUUUGUGUGCGGAGUGUGGAAAAUCCUUCAAAACUAUUCAUUCGUUGGCCAGCCUCCAGAUGCUGCACACCGAAGAAAAGCCCUUUGCCUGUGAUCUAUGCCCAAGUAAAUUCAAAUGGAAAGCCGCAUUACGAACUCAUUCCCUCGUUCAUUCUGGGCAGAAACAGCACGUUUGCGACAUUUGUGGCUCAUCAUUCACAACCAAAGGAUCGAUGAAAAAGCAUAAAAGAAUACACACCGGUGAUCGACGAUAUCAAUGCGACACUUGCUCGCUAAGAUUCUAUAGUAACGACCAUUUGAAGCGCCACAUAAGAACCCAUACCGGCGAGAGACCAUACAUUUGUACAUACUGUCCGCGUUCAUUUUCGCAAAGCAACGAUUUGACAAAGCACUUGCGUUCGCAUGUGGGCCAAAAUAUGUAUCAAUGCAGUGAUUGCGGUGAAUCGUUUCGACUUCAAACCGAACUACGAAAACAUUCCUUCACCCAUUACAAUAAGGACGAUAAUUCAGAUACGCUCAAAAUGGAAGAGCAGCAAUAAUUAUAAUAUAACAUCGAUUGUAGUCUGUAGUCGCCUCAAUUUUUGACAAAAUUGUCAAUAAAAUAUACAUGUAAAUAAACAAUUGUCUGAUGGCAGCAUGAAUCCCAGCAGAGAGCCUUUAAAUUUGUUUUUGAAAAAUGAUUCGAAAAGACAUGGUGGGGAUUUCGGGUGGAGUUGAUUUAGCGGUGGCCGGUUUCUUGUUGAAGCAAAAAGGCUUUGAUAUUCGUGGUGUUUUCCUGAAGAAUUGAGAUUUAGUUGACGUUUCGUUACUGUUCGAGUUACUGUUCAGCCGAAACAGACUGGGAAGAUGCACAAUAUGUCUGUGAUAAAUUACAAAUCCCGGUUCAAUGCAUCGAUUUCGUGAAGCAGUACUGGACCGAUGUGUUUGAGAACACUAUGAAGAAAUAUCAGAAUGACCAGGCACCGAAUCCGGACGUUUAUUGCAAUAAACACAUAGAAUGUGCCGCAUUUUAUCGACACAUCAAGGAAAAUUUAGCAGCUUAAACAGAUGCGAUAGUCAUUACGUCUAACAUUAAAGCAGAAGGAAGAUAUGGAUAUGGUUUAUUGUUUAUCACUUCGGUGAAACCGAUAUUGACAUUCUGGAUGACUCUAUCAACUCUUGAUG